GGCACUGCCAAAACCCCACGGGCCUCUCCACAGUGAAACAACCAACUGGGAAAUCUUUGCUGAGACAACACUGUUCUGUCUGUCUUUAUCUCUCUCUGUGUCUUCUGGUUUCUUUGAGCUUCUUGUGCCAACCCAUUUUUGUUUUUUUGUGUAAAACAGUCGUCGAAUUGGUUAAAGGAUGGAGGUGGAGAGACUUUGCUCUGGCGCUUUUGCUCUGGAGAGGAUGGUGUGCUCUGCACUGGAGGCUGUGGUGGUUGAUACAGCUCUGGUUGCUCAGAAGACCCUUGUUUGGCUUAUCUUGUUGAUUGUAUCUGUGCCCAAUGACAUUGAUAUGUUACCGAAUCCCCUAGGAGAAGAGAAGAGCUUUCCUUUACGUGAUCUUAACAGAGUGACAAGGCCUGAUGCUGAGAACAAGGAUGCAAGUGAUACUGAGGAUGAUGAGGAUGAAGACAAUGAUGCUGAUGUCAAUGACGAGGAUGAUGAUGAAUUUUCGGGAGAAGAAGUGAGUGAUGAUGAUGAAGGGGAUUCUGAGGAUGAUGUUGAGGCUAAUGGUGAUGGAGGAAGUGACGACGACGACGACGACGAUGAUGACAGCGAUGAAGAUGAUGAUGAUGACAGCGAUGAAGACGAGGGUGAAGAGGAAGAUGACGAAGAAGAGCAAAAUCAACCACCAUUUAAGAAGAAAAAAUGAGGAACAUUAUUGUUUUUCCAUUCAUUUCCUUAUUGCCUCAGGUAGUACUUGGGGAGUUGCAGAUUGGGAGGAUAUUUA